GCGCGCAAGGUGUUCAGUCGUCCAUUCGUAGCACUACGAGAAACCAGCAAGUGUUCCGACAACCUGUUGAGACUCGACACCCGGAGUCAUCAUCAACUAUAAUGUUUCGAAUAAGUGUUCGUCGCGCUGCAUUGCUCUGAUUCAUUUGGAUAUCUCGCUUGAUUUAAAUAAAUUACCAACCUCUACGUAGAAAAAUACGAAUACACCAAACCAAAUUUAUUUGUUAUAAGCCGUAAACGAAUUUUCAUUUCUUUUUUUCAAUCUCAACCGCGCCAACGGAUAAUAGUUAUUACAGUCGACGAUUGACACUGUCAAACGUAAAUCAUAGUUUACCAUUCGAAUUAGCGCGGCGCGAAAACAUCCAAGCUGCAUUGCACCAGCGACUGAAAAGAUCGGAGAAUCAAAACAGUUACCAACGCGGUGGUAUAUUGGUUAGAGGGGUAUAGAGUAGAAUGAACGCGUACCGCUUCAGGUUCACGAUGCGUGGCAGGCUCACGGCGAUUGGUUCUGGACAAGACGGCCCUCCGCCUCUGUGAGGCGCACGGACACUGACGCCGCUGGUUAAAUCGGGGCCGCCGACACUUUCUCGUUCGCUAAACAGAUCCGAAAGUUAUCUGUUCGCACAAAAAAAAAAAUUCCAAUUUUUUUUAGCUUUUAUCUAGGAAACAUCAUCUUCACUCGGUACCAAAGAAACCCGUGCCGUUCGCCGACCGCCGACCACAUGGCUACCGAGUGCUGUGACGUAAUGGUGGCGCACAGCCCACCGCUGUUCACGGCUCACAGCACGGCCAAACCGGCCGCCGAGCUGGUGCUGUACCAGAACUUCCGGUUGGUGAUGACGCACCAGAAGAACGUGUCGCCGAUGUCGGUGCGCCGCCUGAACGCGCGGUCGUCGUCCAACUCGCCGACUCGCGACGACAGGCAGCAUCAACAGGCCGCGUCGUCCAAGCCCAGGAGACCGUGUCUGGUCAUCAGAACGGACUCGGACGCUAGCAUCGGGUCAUCGUCCUCAUCCUCGGGCUCGUCGUCGUCCGACGAGAACGAGCCAUCCAGCCCAACCAGGAGGAAGAAGAAAGUCGUUUUCGCCGACGACCGGGGACUGUCACUAACUCAGGUGAGAUUGAUGAGUGAACCGUCGAACCAGCCGCCGAAACUGAUGACCGUGAGCCCAUACCUGAACCCGCAGCCAAUUGCGGCGGUCAACAACUGCGUUAACAGGCAGCCCGUGGACCAGCAGUGGCAUUUGAGGUUCCAGCAGCCGGCUUCCAGUUACCUGGACUUCCGGAAGCGGUUGGACGAGAACAACGUGUCGCUGGAGAACGUGAUCAUCAAGUCGCCGGACAAGCGGAUCGUGGGCACGGUCAAGGUGCGCAACCUGUCUUACGACAAGGAGGUGUUCGUGCGCAGCACGCGCGACCGAUGGGCCACGCACCAGGACACCCUGUGCACGUACGUGCAGAACAACGCGAUGGUGAACGCGGCGUCGGGCAACGGGGGUGGCAGUGGCCUGUUCCCGGGCGUUUCCGCGUCCGCGCAAAACCCCGUGACCGCCAUCUACGACACGUUCUCUUUCCGGCUGCCGUUGCCCGCGGACGCCACGUCCAUGGAGUUCGCGGUGUGCUACAAGAGCGCUCGGUUCGAGUUCUGGGACAGCAACGACGGCAACAACUAUUGGCUGUCGCUGGGCGCGGGCUGCUCGCAGCAGUUGCCCGCGGCCGGUCCGCCGCCGCUCCAACAGCACGCCGCGGGCUCCACGUCGUGCAUGUCCUCCGCGGACUUUGAGCAACACUUGCGCGCCGCCAAGCAGCCCGUACACUACUUCGGCUCGCAGUCCGGACAGAACUCGUGGAACGUGUGGCGCGACCAAAAGGACAACGACUCUUCCGCGUACUGGUGAACGCUCGACCCACCGCCGCCGACCAACAAAUUAUCAUGGGAUUUCUAUUCAUUUUUUUCUUUUAUUUUUCCGGGAAAAAUUCGCAACGAAACGACGCUCAAAGCCAAGUUGGAAGACCGUGCCCGCCCGAACAGUCAGUGCCAUCUAUCAGUCGACGUGCAUGACCGCGUGCAAAUGCCAGGAAAAAUUUUCUUAAAACAAAACGCACGCACACAUAUAUAUUAUAUGUAAUGAAUACGCGCGCGUACACACGCAUACGCUCGUUUGUUAUAAACAUUUUGAAAUUUUACAUAGGUGUUUAUUAUAAAUCUAGUUGAAGCAUA